CUCUCUCUCUCUCUCUCCUUUCUGGAAGGAAUCAUGAGAAGAACAAAAGGAGAAACCAACCGACUGCUCUGCAAAGUGCAAACUCCGCCAUGUGAGUUGAUGAGAAAAACAGAAUACAUUCCAAAACCAUCUUUAAAGCCUUUCUUUAUACAGUAUCUAACAGCGCAAUCCACCAUCUCUCUCUCUCUCUAUCUCUCCCUGUUAACUUCUCUUUCUUAAGAUGGCGGAGUCGCCGGAGAAUCACCACCGUGACAACAUUGACCGUGGCCGUGGACGGAGUUCGUCGUCGAGUAGUUCUAGCGAGGUCUCCGUGGAUGUUGAAUUAGAAAUUAAAGAAGCAGAAGAUGAUGAUGCCGACCGGAGUGGAGCUGCUGCCGCGAUCGCAGACUCUUUAACCUGUUCGCAAACUGGAACAGGGUUAAUUGAUAGGAAUGUACCUAGUCAGAAUGUUGUGCCUUUUGAGAGCUCAACUGCAGCUAAAUCCGAGUCGGCCUCCAGUCAACUUACUAGAACCCGGGGACGUGGACGGAAGAAGACUUUUGAUGUAUUGGCAGCAAAAAUUGUUGAUGAAAAAGUUCCUAUUAAAAGGAAGGUCAAGUGGCUGAAUAGACUUGCUACUAUAAAAGAUGAUGGAACUGUGCAGUUUGAAGUUCCAGGAGAUAUUAAACCUGAAAGCCUCGAUUUUGGAAGUGGAGUAAUAUAUAAUGGAGCUACUGGUAAAGAAUCUGUUGAUGCAACAGACAUUCAAGAUCUACCUCCAUUGCAAAUUGUUAUGCUUAUUGUGGGAACAAGGGGGGAUGUACAGCCAUUUGUGGCCAUUGGGAAGCAUUUACAGGAAUAUGGUCAUAGAGUGAGAUUGGCUACUCAUUCUAAUUUCGAGGAGUUUGUGCUCGCUGCUGGUUUGGAAUUUUUCGCUCUUGGUGGAGAUCCAAAAGUUCUUGCCGGUUAUAUGGUAAAAAAUAAAGGGUUCUUGCCAUCAGGACCUUCGGAAAUACCAAAUCAGCGGCGUCAAAUUAAAGACAUCAUAUUUUCCUUACUUCCUGCAUGCACAGAACCCGAUCCAGUGACUAAUGUUCCAUUUAAAGUAGAUGCAAUAAUUUCCAAUCCCCCAGCAUAUGGACAUACACAUGUUGCUGAGGCACUAAAAGUACCAAUCCAUAUAUUUUUCACGAUGCCUUGGACGCCUACAAGCGAGUUUCCGCAUCCUCUUUCACGUGUUAAGCAAGUAGUUGGAUAUAGACUAUCGUACUACGUUGUUGACUCAUUAAUUUGGCUUGGAAUACGAGACUUGAUAAAUGAAUUUAGGAAGAAAAAACUGAAGCUAAGGCCUGUGACCUAUUUAAGUGGUUCUUAUAAUUCUCCUUCGGAUGUGCCUUAUGGAUACAUAUGGAGUCCUCAUCUUGUUCCUAAACCAAAAGAUUGGGGACCUAAGAUUGACGUGGUCGGUUUUUGUUUCCUGGACCUUGCCUCAAAUUAUGCACCUCCAGAUUCACUUGUGAAAUGGCUUGAAAGGGGUAGAGCGCCUAUCUACAUUGGAUUCGGUAGCCUUCCUGUUCAAGAACCAGAGAAAAUGACCCAGAUAAUUGUUGAAGCUCUAGAAUUGACAGGUCAAAGAGGCGUCAUUAACAAAGGUUGGGGUGGCCUGGGGAACUUGGCAGAAUCGAAGGACUUUGUGUACCUAUUGGACAAUUGCCCUCAUGACUGGUUAUUCUUACGAUGUGCUGCUGUGGUGCAUCACGGGGGUGCAGGAACAACUGCUGCAGGUCUUAAAGCUGCUUGCCCAACAACUGUUGUUCCUUUCUUUGGAGACCAACCAUUUUGGGGAGAGAGGGUUCAUGCCAGGGGAUUAGGUCCUGCACCUAUCCCUGUCGAGGAGUUCUCACGUGAGAAGUUAAUUAAAGCAAUACAUUUCAUGCAGGAUCCUAUGGUGAAAGAACGUGCAGUGGAAAUGGCCAAGGCCAUGGAACAUGAGGACGGGGUGACAGGUGCAGUAAAAGCCUUCUAUAAACAAUUUCCCGGCAACAGGCUUACUGAGGCUUAUCGUGAUUCCAACCAAUUACCCCCUCCUAAAUCAGGCGCAUUUUCUAUUAGGCGAUGUUUUGGUUGCUCUUGAUUUCGAGGGUCCAAUUUUCGGAAUUUUUUCUGACUGGUGGCCCCUCCCUCUCGACAAUAGCAUGAUCGCAUAAGUGUGGGCACUAUAAGUCUUCUGUUGUCAUAACAGAUGAUGCUAUGUAGAAACUGCUGUCUUUGUUUGAUAUUUUUUCUCGUGUAUUCUGUUUUUGUUUUUAUUAGAGAUGCAUCAGGUUGGUAGAGUUCAUUUCACACAUUGAGUUCGCAAUUGUUUUGUCCACUUACAUUCCAUUAACCUUGAU